UCUUGUCUGUGAUAUUUCGGCAAAAAAUAAUUGACGUGUUUGUUUCUCAUAUCAUUUUUCACAGAGUUUUUCUUUUGCUUAAACGUGAAUAUUUCAAUUUCUACAGAAGUAUAUUAAUCCUAAGUCGCUAAACUUAUAAAAAAUGUUGUGUUCACGGUUGUUAGGUGUGGUAUUAUUUGUAACGGGCUCAUAUGCCUUGUACGACUCAUCAUCAGAUGUUGUAGAAUUGACACCAGGUAAUUUUGAAAGGCUAGUUAUAAAUUCUGACGAGGUUUGGAUCGUUGAAUUUUUUGCUCCAUGGUGCGGACACUGCAAAAAUCUUGUUCCUGAAUAUAAGAAAGCUGCUCGAGCGCUAAAGGGUAUAGCAAAAGUAGGAGCUGUAGACGCCGACCAACACAAAGAUCUUGGUCAAAAGUAUGGAGUUUCAGGUUUUCCAACAAUCAAGAUUUUUACUGGAAGCAAACAUACUCCUUAUCAGGGACAAAGAACUGCUGAAGCGUUUAUUGAUGCUGCUCUUAAAUCUGCUAAGGAAAAGGCAUAUGACAGUCUUGGAAAGAAAGCCAGUGGGUCUUCUGAUAAGUCUGAUGUCAUCACACUCACAGACAGCAAUUUCAAGGAACUAGUACUGGACAGCGAGGACAUGUGGCUGGUUGAGUUCUAUGCUCCAUGGUGUGGUCACUGCAAAAACCUCGAACCUCACUGGGCUAAAGCUGCCACAGAACUUAAGGGCAAGGUCAAAUUAGGUGCACUUGAUGCCACAGUUCACACAGUAAUGGCAUCUCGCUACCAAGUUCAAGGAUACCCAACCAUUAAGCUGUUCACCUCAGGCAAGAAGACAAGCGACUCUGUAGAAGAUUACAAUGGCGGAAGAACAUCAAGCGAUAUUGUAACCUGGGCUAUGGAAAAAUUAGCUGAGAAUGUUCCCGCACCAGAAAUUAUUCAGGUGGUGAACGCAGAUACGAUGAAGGCCUGCAGCGAGAAGCCGCUCUGCGUGGUGUCCGUUUUGCCGCACAUUCUGGACUGCGACGCCGCGUGCCGCAACGGAUACCUCACGGUGCUCGCGCGCCUUGGGGACAAAUACAAGGCCAAAAUGUGGGGAUGGGUUUGGGCUGAAGCUGGUGCUCAAACAGCAUUAGAGGAGGCUCUUGAACUCGGCGGCUUCGGCUACCCAGCGAUGGCGGUCGUUAAUGCUAAGAAACUCAAGUUUUCAACUCUACGAGGUUCAUUCUCUGAGUUGGGCAUUAAUGAAUUCCUAAGGGAUUUAUCCUUCGGUCGUGGCCAAACUGCUCCAGUGAAAGGGGCAGAGAUGCCUAAGAUUCUAACAACAGAACCCUGGGAUGGCAAAGAUGGAGAACUGCCCCAAGAGGAGGAUAUUGAUCUCUCAGAUGUUGAUCUCGAGAAGGAUGAACUAUAAGUGCAUUGAAGUGGACAGAGUGAAUUCAAGUGUUUCAAA